AUGAAGAGUGUUAAGGGAGACCAAACAUCCAUGCAACAAAAGCUGAGCACAUUUUUGUUCAAAUACCGUACCGCACAUUCGUUAACUAACGAAACACCUGCGAAAUUGCUGUUGGGAAGAAACUUGCGAACAAGGUUGGACAUCAUUAAACCAAACUUAAAUGAUACCGUUUUGUCAGAACAAGACCAGAUGAAAUUUUCCAUACGCUCUAAUGUUAGAAAAUUUAAGGAAGGAGAGAUGGUUAUGGCCAGAGAUUACAGGAAAGCAGAACAGAGUUGGAUACCCGGUGAGAUACACUCUCGUACUGGACCACUUUCUUACACAGUUGACACAGGACUCGGCACUCUAUGGCGACGUCAUGCUGAUCAGCUUCGUUGUGGAACUAGCGACACCAAUUCGGAACCAAAUAUUGAAAUUCCUGAUGUCAGACCGACCGUUCCUACAACAAUGCAUACUCCAGAAGGAAAAGAUGCAAUUCCACAAGCUGUCUCCGUCCAUGACAGAGCCGAUUCCAAAUGUUAG